GAAUUUGCCGCCAUUUUGUUUCUCGUGGUAUACCGUUGUCAUGGAAAUGACGUAUGCGCAUUGCGCAUGCGUAAAUAUUCAAACUUUGAACGCGGUUCAAACUGAUUAUCUGUCAGCAGCCAUGGCCUCAAGCUCUCAGAACGUCGCUCCGUCUUCCAGCGCUGCAUCUUCCUCCUCCAAAGCUAACGGGAGCAGUUUGUCAAUGCCCAAAGACGGCCAUUCCGUCACCAAGAGGCUCCAGCAAGACCUCAUGAAGCUAAUGGUGCAGUGUCUGACCUCUGUUCCUAACCUUACUCUUCUUUCCUCCGUGCAGAUGACGAGCAACACCGGCGUGUCGGCUUUCCCAGACGGUGACAACCUGUUACACUGGAUAGGGACCAUAUCUGGAGCGGAGGGCACUGCAUAUGCAGGGCUUGACUACAAACUCUCCUUCUCCUUCCCUUCUCGCUACCCGUACUCCCCUCCAGUGGUCAAGUUCACCACUCCUUGCUACCACCCCAACAUCGACGACCAUGGGAACAUCUGUCUGGACAUACUGAAGGAGAAGUGGUCUGCUCUCUAUGAUGUAAGGACUAUACUGCUAUCCCUACAGAGCUUGCUGGGAGAGCCUAACAAUGCCAGUCCAUUGAAUGUGGAGGCAGCAGAUCUAUGGUCAGAUCAACCAGCCUUCAAGAAAAUGGUGGUCAAGAAAUACAAAGAGGCCACUGCUGCAUUGUGACUGAACUGCCGUCUAGUCUCCCCUCUGUGUGUCUCUUAGCGUUUUGUGAUUUUCAUUCUGAAUUGCGUCGUUUGUCGUACUCUCCACUGACUGUGUACAACACUCAUUCCCUCACAAUGCCUAUUGUAUGUAGUGGACACUAUGAUACAAUGAUCACGUGGAACAGAUGCUGAAGUGAACUAGUGCUGUGGGCAUGUCAGUGAUGGGGCUCCACACCCCAGGGGAAGGCCAGAAAGCCUCCACUGAACUCAGAAAUGUUCCAUUGAAUCCUCCACAGGCAAAGAGGCGCCCCCCGUGGGCAACCACACCAAAGGCACUACGUUGAGUUGUCAUGGGAGCCACCUCUGACCAGGUGUCUUGCCCAGGAUUGUAACAGAGGACAGUGUCCAAGUACCUCUGUCCAGAGUAUCCCCCUGCCACGUACAGACAGUCUUGCAGGGAAGCCACGCCCAUUACAGAUCGAGGAGAGGGCAGAGGUCGAACUAGGCUCCAGCUGUCGUUGAUUGGAUCGUAUCUCUCGACAGACACUAGUCUCUCUCGUCCGUUGUGACCGCCCACUGAUAGCAGGAGUCCCCCCACUUCAGCCAGACCGUGGUACAUUCUCGGAGUUGUCAUGUGACACACUGCUGUCCACUUGUCUCUGGAAGGAUUGUAGCAUUCCACUGAGUGGGUUACUGACUUGGCAGUUUGGCCUCCGCACACGUACAGCAGCCCAUAGAGAACAGCUACGGUAUGAUACCUGUACGGAAUGAUGAAAUGCUCCUGGGAGUUGCCAUGGACGCCAAAGGGAACCAUUUCUCAGUCUUCAGAUCACAACACUGCACAGUCCCCAAGUACCCCUGCCCAGACUCACAGUAUCCCCCCACCACGUACAGUCUCUGGCCCAGAACACAGCUUGCCAGCCCGUAACACGGUGCCUGCACGCUACUCAUCUCCCUCCAGCUGUCCUCCCUGGCACUGUACUGCAGGAUGGAGCUCAUUGGAGCCACCCGACUCAUCCCUCCAGCCAGCAAGAUGGAGUCUUGGCCCAUACUCAGUCUCCGAGGCCUCGUACGAAGACUGUAUUUGAGAGCUGGUCGUUUCUCAGGGGAGUUCUGGUAGAGAUAUGCCUCGUCCAGGUAUUCCUUGCACUGUUCUUCAGCAGUGACUAGUUCCUCUGUGGCCACCUCCGAGUCCAGGAAACGGGCAGACGUGAAGGGAAGACGAACGUGUGCCAUUAGCUCUGCAAACCUAUCUUUCCUGGCCUGCAGGUCGUGUCGCGUCCACUGGACCACAGCUCGAUACACUGCCUCCUCGCCUGGCGCCUGCAGGUGAUCCCGCGAUAGCAGCUCGCACAGCGGGUCGAAAUCGAGAGCCAGAAACUGACUGCAGCUAGACACGGCCGAGAACUGCUCCAAGAUGAAGUCGGUCGAGGCCGAGAACAGCUCCUGGGUGUUGUGGAGUCGAGCGAACUCCCUGAUCCCCAGGCAGUUGUCGUGGCUGAGCUGCGAGACGAGGAAAUCUGAACAGUCGUUCAGAAGAGGUUGAAUCUGGAGUCGGUCCGCGGCCUCCAGUAGACCUCCCGCAGCCUCGCAGUCCGUCAGUCGCAGGCCUCCCUGGUACAUGUAGUCCACCACCAACUCCAACACGUCUCCAGCCACGUCCAUGAGGCGAAUGACGGUCGACGUUUUCUCUACCAGGUCGCUGAGGAACAUCGCGUAGAAGAACGGACUCGCGGCGGCGAGAACGCAGCGGUGAGCGGGCACUCUAGUGCCGUCGUCCGUCUCCAGAGUCACGUCACACAGUUUCUCAGCCUGGCGCAUGCUGCGGAGCCCAGCCAGGAGCUCCAGAGCCGUUCUCUCGCUACCACCGACCUCCAU